AUGGAGGACGCGAAGCCGGUGCUGGCUUCCACAGCUGACGACGAGGGUGCCAUGGAAUCUCGCUUCGCCGAUCUUUGCAAAGUCUGUAAAGUUCUCCCUUUUCUGAAGCAUCCAUUUCCGUUUAUGCCGGCUUCCUUUAAUAUAAUCUGAUAUUUUCUCCUGGCCGUUUUUCGGCCUUGUCAGACGGGGUUGGGGCUUGAUGAGUCCAAGGCGAGGCUGGCGAUGGAGCUGUUUUCCGAGAUCAAGCCCAUUCUUGUGGCUUAUAUGUCGGCGAUAGGGACUAGCUCGGUACCGAUUCGUUUGAAAGUUUAGGCAAUUAAUUUAUCUUCUGGAGUCUGUUCUGAAUUGCUAUAGUUACAUUUUGAAUUUUGGCUUUGUUUCCUUCGUUUCCUUCCAGGCGGAGGAGAUUGAACGUCUGUGGUAUGGGUUUGUGCUGUACUGCGUGAAGAAGCUGAACUCUGAAAAGGCAAAACAAGACUGUGAGGAGGGAGGUUUUACCCUCCCUCGGAUAUUGAGGGCAGCGAGGCUCAAGUAUCGACUGUCUUAGCCCAUUUAUGCCGUUAAAAUUCUUAUAUUUUAUCUUUAUGCCUGACUGAGUUAUUUUCUCAAAUCCUCCUUAUUUUCGUUCGUGUUUUCCAUUUUCAGUGUUAUGGAUUUCUUCAAGGAGAUGCCGCAAUUUUUACUCAAGGCUGGACAUAUAAUAGGUCGUCAGUUUGGUUCAGAUUGGGAGAAGAGGCUUGAGGUAUAUUAUAUCAUACUAGAGAAAUGGCAUACUGCCGAUUCUAAAAUAUUCUUUCCGGCACAUUUUUUUUAAUAAUUCCACUUGGUUUCUGUUUCAUGAUCAGGUGAAAGAAUCACAGGGGAAUUUUGUGCAUUUGAAGAUUCUUAGUGGGUAAGCAUCUAUCGUUCAGCAUUUUUGCCUCACAUAGUAUUUGAGUCUACAGGAGUCAAUUUUUUGUCACCACAUUUGUUGUUAUCAUUUAAAUUUUGGGAUAGUUACCAUGCCGGGAAUUAUGUUAUUUAUAAUCGCUUUUGCGUAUAUGCAGAUGCAUACAACAGAAAUCCGAAUUUCCUAUGUGUGUUCUCUUUACACUUCUACUCUGUUUAUGAAGCUUCCUAACGUAUCGAUGUAUGCUGAUCGUACUGUAGGUUCUACAAGCGUGAAUAUGAAGAGUUUUUCUUGCCUGGUGACGUGCGUGGUGGUAAAGAUGCUUCUGAUUCUGCCAGUAUCGUCUAUAUAUCCGACUACCAUCGUUUUGGAUGGCUAUUAUUCCUUGCAUUGCGUGUCCACGCAUUCAGUCGCUUCAAGGAUAUCGUGACUUCUACAAAUGGAAUAGUUUCCAUAUUGGUUAGUUGCUUGUUGGAUUCGGUUUUAUUUAUUUGUCAUUAGUUUAGAUGAUGUGCAGAUCCUUCAGGUUCUUUGUUUAUAAUUCUAUCAAUAUUUUGUGUCUAUACAGGUAAUCCUCAUUCUUCAUGUUCCUGUUCGCUUCAGGAAGUUUUCAGUUCUUGAUUUUGCACGCCUAGGUAGUGUUGUUUGGUUGUUAUUUUGACGCUUUUAUUUUUCCCUCUUGCUAUUUUAGAUAUCUGAUAUCUGAGGUAAGAUUUCUAGUUGGCUGAGAUGCCUGUUUUCGUUUGCUUUUAGCUAAGAGAACCGACAAGGGUCUGGACCUUGUCGCUUUCCUAUGUCAAAAAUACGACACAUCCGAAGAUGAGCUGAAAAAAAUGAUGGAAAAAGUUAAUAGCCUCAUAGUUGAUAUUUUGAGAAAGGAGCCUCGCUCAGCAUCAGAGUGCAAAGCUGAGAACUUACAUAAUAUUGACACAGGUGAAACCAUCACCUCAUUGUUCCCUUAUAUGAGAAUUUUGCUGACUCAGGAUUGUUUAAUCUUUUUAUCAAAUGAUAAAUUGACCCCUUUGACUUCAGAUGGGUUGACGUACUUUGAGGAUUUGAUGGAGAUGAAUUCCUUAUCAUCGAGCUUGAUUACUUUAGAGAAAGAUUAUUAUGACGCCAUUUGUGUCAGAGGAGAACUUGAUGAACGCAUGUUUGUCAAUGGGGAAGAUAGUUUGAUCGGCACUGGAAGCUUGUCUGGAGGUGCUAUUAACAUUUCCAGUGCCAAGGUAUAUUUCUUCUCUCGAAGUAUUUUGCGUAUGAACGGUACCCUUUUGGUUUGUCCAUCAGGCUGUUUCAGAUGUUCACAGUGUCUUUCCCGUCGUUGCAGCGAAAGCUUGAUGCGUUGGCCUCGCCUGCCAAGUCGAUAACGAGCCCAUUGUCUCCCCCUCGUACUCCUGCAUCACCAUUAAACGGUAACCUUCUUGGUAAUGUGAAAAUAACCUCUACUCCAGUGACCACUGCCAUGACUACCGCCAAGUGGCUUCGAAACGUUAUUUCACUCCUUCCCCCAAAACCCACAGCAGAACUAGAGCGCUUUCUUUCAUCAUGUGACAAGGAUGUAACCAAUGAUGUAACUCGAAGAGCCAAUAUAAUAUUGGAGGCAAUCUUUCCGAGUACUUCCUUUGGGGAACGUUUUGUUGCUGGAAAUAUUCAGAAUACAAGCCUAGUCGAUAAUGUGUGGGCGGAGCAGAGGAAGUUGGAGGCCAUGAAACUGUACUACCGUGUCCUGGAAGCAAUGUGCAGGGCUGAAUCUCAGAUACUAAAUGGGAAUAAUUUGACGUCCUUAUUAUCCAAUGAACGUUUUCAUAGGUGUAUGCUUGCUUGUGCUGCUGAACUUGUUUUGGCCACCCACAAGACUGUUACCAUGAUGUUCCCUGCAGUUUUGGAAAAAACAGGUAUAACAGCAUUUGAUUUGAGCAAAGUAAUUGAGAGCUUUGUGAGACAUGAGGAAACCCUUCCGAGGGAGUUGAAACGACAUUUGAAUUCACUGGAAGAGCGGCUAUUAGAAAGUAUGGCUUGGGAAAAGGGAUCCUCAAUGUACAAUUCCUUGAUUGUGGCAAGACCAUCGCUUUCUGCUGAAAUAAACCGUCUGGGGCUUUUAGCAGAACCGAUGCCAUCUUUGGAUGCAAUUGCGAUGAUGCAUAACAUUUCAACUGCAGGCUUGCCUCUGCAGCCUUGUUCUAAGUCUGAGAUUUCACCAGGUGAUUUUUGGCCCAAUUUGGCAGCUUUUUAAGUGCAUGCAGUCAUGUUUGUGUUUCUACGCUGGUCCUGGAUCAGUGAUUUCAUCCAUGUUGCAUGGUCAUUAAAAGUUAUCUGAGAAUGCUAAAAGUUAUGUAGUAAAGCAUAUUUGUUGGUUGAAUAGUUGAGUGGUCAUCUCGGUUUUAAUUCUUUGCAGUUAGCUGUCCUUUUUUCUUGCCUGUUACCUGACAAGACUUUAAAAGACUCAAAAUUGCAUUCCACUGUGAGAGAUAACUUAUAUUGUUUUCAUCAGUGAGAUUUGAUCUUUGAUUCUUAUGUCAAUUUCACAGUACACAUUGCAGAUCUGAAUAGUGAGAUGCGUUCUCCAAAGAGACCAUGCACUGAGUAUAGGAGUGUGUUGGUAGAGCGCAAUUCGUUCACUUCACCAGUCAAGGACCGCCUACUGACAUUCAACAGCCUCAAAUCAAGGUUGCCACUCCUCCAGUCUGCGUUUGCAAGGUAUCCGAUCUUCUGACAUGAGAAGCUGAGUUGAAAACAUUUUUCUUUGGGCAGCUCGUCUUUGCAUCCGGUUUUAGUGUAAAAUUAACCUCAAACCUUUUGUUUGCAGCCCAACACGACCAAACCCUGCUGCAGGUGGGGAAACAUGUGCGGAGACUGGGAUCAACAUUUUUUUUAAUAAGGUAUUUUUAUGAUUAGACAAUUUUUUUUGUUUGUUACCCUGGAUUUUCCUGAAUGAUAGAUGGUUCAUGUUUAAAAUACUGAACCGUGGCAAGUUUCUCCGACUGAUCUUUUCGUGGGUGGAGGUCAUGCUCUUGUUGUCCGUGCAUUUAUCAGAGAACUUCAUCUUCUUUGGUUUGCAGAUCACAAAAUUAGCAGCUAUAAGGAUUCGAAGCUUGUGUGAAAGGCUACAACUCUGCCAGCCAGUUGUAGAACAUGUCUAUUCCCUUAUUCAACAAAUUCUCAGUCACCGAACAGGGCUCUUUUUCAAUCGUCACAUCGACCAGAUCAUUCUCUGUAGCUUGUACGGGGUUGCAAAGGCAAGCUAGUUUCCCCCUUGUGCUUCAUGGUCUUAGACGACUACGAUCCCUGUCUGUCUGAUUCCUCAAUUCGAUACCCUUAUUGCUUGCAGAUUUCUGAUUUGAGUCUGACCUUUAAGGAGAUCAUUUAUGGUUAUAGAAAGCAGCAGCAAUGUAAACCCCAGGUUUUCCGGAGUGUUUUUGUCGACUGGUCAUCUACCAAUUGCAGUGGGGUAUGUUGCUUUUAACUUGAAGCUCCCUUCUUUCCGACAGAGUUUUUUCUCUUUUUUUUUUUUGGGCUCUCUUCUGGUUUCUGAUUCAAUAGCUCUUUGAUGAUCAGAGGACUGGCCAGGAACAUGUCGAUAUCAUCACAUUUUAUAAUGAGGUUUUCAUUCCGUCCAUUAAGCCUCUGUUAGUGGAGCUUGGCCCCGCAGGGCCUGCUCCAAAGCACAGCCGCCUCCCCGAGGAUAUCACUAACGCCGAUGGUAUGUGCUUUUAACAAACGUGUAAGCCCUGAGGUAUCUCUCCUCACUUAUGUUGACCUUUUCUAUCCACCGGAUCUUGCUACCAGGUCAAUCCCCAAGCUCACCGCGGGUGUCAACGUUCCCGAGUCUACCGGACAUGUCUCCUAAGAAAGUCUCCGGGACGCAUAACGUCUAUGUUUCCCCUCUGCGGCCAUCAAAGGUGCUUAUUUUCCUGCCGCAGCAUUGAAUGCGGCCUCAGUCCUCUGAUCUGGGCUUAGUUUCUUCUUACGGUUGCUUUUCAUUUAUCUAUCCUUCUUCCACCAAGAUCAUGAGUUUUAUUGGCUAAAUUUCUCUUACAUGUUGGGUUGUGGCCGAUCGAUUUUUACUUUCAAUGCCGGGAAUCAUCUCGGAUGUUCUUCCUACUAAAGGUGUCUGCAUUUGGGCAGAUGGACUCGUUGCUCUCCCCGAGCUCAAAAAGCUACUAUGCGUGCGUCGGCGAGAGCACCCACGCCUACCAGAGCCCCUCGAAGGAUCUCACCGCCAUCAACAACCGCCUGAAUUGGUACGACUUUUGAAGUCACCUCCCAAAACUUCAUAAUAGAUCUUCAUCGUUGACUUGUUCUUCGUCUUUGGGUUUUGGUGUGGGAAGUAGCGGUAGGAAGGUUGGUGGGAGGCUCAACUUCGAUAGCAUAGUCAGUGAUUCGCUGGUGGCCAGGAGCCUCGCCAACCAGAACGGCUGCUCCGCUGGAUCUUGCACCACCGACGCAGCACCGCCAGACCCCUCUGUGAAGGCCGAACAGCCGGACUCUUGA